UAAAUAAAUCAAAACAAUUUAAUACUUCACGUUAAGUGCGGUUUUUGAGAUAAACUACAGUUAAAACAAUCAAGUGCUUCUCUUAAUAAGUAACACGAAAUAGUAAACCAACCGUUCGUUUACCGGAGAUGCCUAGCGAAAUCAUCACCUUGCAGCUGGGCCAGUGCGGCAAUCAAAUUGGUUUUGAGUUUUGGAAGCGCCUUUGCUUGGAGCAUGGAAUUUCACCUUCGGGAGUUUUGCAGGACUUUGCCACAGAUGGCAUCGACCGGAAAGAUGUUUUCUUUUAUCAAGCCGAUGAUGAUCAUUAUAUUCCAAGAGCGGUGCUGCUAGAUCUGGAACCGCGGGUCAUUCAUACUAUUAUGACAUCCCCCUACGCCAAGCUUUAUAAUCCGGAAAAUGUGUACCUAUCCAAAGACGGCGGAGGUGCUGGAAAUAACUGGGCAUCCGGCUUUAGCCAAGGUGAAAAGCUGCACGAAGAGGUUUUUGACAUAAUAGACCGAGAAGCGGAUGGAAGUGAUAGUUUGGAAGGAUUUGUACUGUGUCAUUCUAUUGCCGGUGGAACAGGCUCCGGAAUGGGAUCGUAUAUUAUGGAACGGUUAUCGGAUCAUUUUCCCAAGAAACUUGUGCAAACUUAUAGUGUGUUUCCCAAUCAGGAUGAAAUAAGUGACGUUGUAGUUCAACCUUACAAUAGUCUACUGACAUUGAAGCGGCUAACAAGCUGUGCUGAUUGUGUUGUUGUAUUGGACAACACCGCGCUAAACCGGAUUGCUUCCGAUAGACUGCAUCUUGAGAAUCCUAGUUUCACUCAAAUUAACACCUUAGUUUCGACCAUCAUGUCAGUUAGCACUACUACCCUUCGAUACCCAUCGUACAUGAACAACAAUUUAAUAGAGCUAAUCGCGCCACUAAUCCCAACAUCCCAGUUGCAUUUUCUAAUGACCGGCUAUACUCCUUUGACCACAGAUACUGAUACUGUUAGCGUACAAAAAACUACUGUUCUAGAUGUAAUGCGACGUCUCCUGCAGCCGAAAAAUAUGAUGGUAUCCACUGGACCCGAUAAGACAAACCAUCAUCGUUACAUUUCAAUCCUGAAUAUUAUUCAGGGCGAAGUAAAUCCAACACAGGUGCACAAAUCGAUUCAGCGAAUUCGGGAACGGAAGCUGGCGCAAUUUAUUAAUUGGGGCCCUGCUAGUAUUCAGGUUGCUCUCUCACGCAGUAGCCCGUAUGUACAAAGUGCUCAUCGUGUUUCUGGUCUUAUGCUGGCCAAUCAUACUAGCAUAUGCUCUCUAUUCGAACGCGCAUUGAAUCAGUAUGAUAAGCUCUGCAAAAGAGGUGCUUUCCUGGAUCAGUUCAAGAGGGAAGACAAAUUUAAAGAUGACCUGAGUGAAUUCGACGAAAGCCGCGACGUAGUUGAUGCCUUAGUGCAGGAGUACGAGGCCGCAACACAAUCGAACUAUCUCAACUGGCAUGCAAAGAAAGCAACGGGAGAAUGAAUUGCUGGCUAACUCGCCUGCAUCGAUUAUUACUGAAGUUAAUGGCUCUUCCGAACUAGUUCAUCUGUUGCUUCCUAGAGCAAUCUCUAGACCCGUGCCAGUGUUUGUUAAUUUGAGCAUUGAUAUUAUUAUUAAAAGAGACAUAUCUUUCUUUCGAAGCAUGUUCUGCAUGUUUUUGUUGCAACUUUGAAAGUUACACGAGAAGUCCUCGUUCCUAUAUUGUCAAAUUGUCCGUCUUGCAAGAGCACUGGAGAGGGAAGCAAAUUAAAGUAAGUGUGCUCCAUGCUUUGAAAUUAUACUAGUGUGAAGAUUAUUUCAUCGUUAAACAA